UCGAAGGUGACAGUCGAAGAAGUCGAACAAUCAAUGAAAGAGAUGGACGUAUAUCGCAAAUGGUUUGCGGACAACGUCAUGAAAGAAGGCGAAGGCACUAUGUCAGACGCCAUUAUGAUCAUGCCUGUGAGCUGUUAUGCGCCAGAUUAUCGCGAUACUAUCCAUGGGCCACCUGGUAGUAUAUCUUCCUUCAGUGAGGGCUACACAGCAUCCAUUCUUCGUCUACCGCAGUUUGUGGUUCCAGUCAAAUACGAAUCACGUGUCUCGGGCAGGAGCGAGUACCAUCCAAUCACAGUCGGUCUCGUGGGAGCAUCAGGGAGUGAUACUAUGCUCGUGGAGUUGACGAAGCAAGUUCUGAAAUAUGCGGAUAGGCCCACUGUCUUACUCACGGGUAGAAAUACUUGGGAGCCAGGAAACAACGUCCGUAAUGUGGGCCCAGACCCCAAAUUGUAG